UUCAAAAACACCACCUCAUUUUCGUUGACGUUUCCCUUUCCAGGAUGCCGAUUCCUCCGUUUCCGGUGAAAAACACUUCCCAGACAUUAUGAGUAGAUGGCAGAACACAGAUAAAGUUUUUUUAUUUAAUCUGUUGAUACUUGUGUUGGUGGGUUCCUCGACACGAGAUUAAGCACCAUCUAUGUAGUGACCCCGUUGCUUAUCAAAAAUUGGUAAUUGUGGUUGCUUGGACGUUUACUUUUGACGUGUGCAAUAACCGAUGCAAUGUCCAGUUUGUAAUGUGAAGUCAUAUAUUUAUUAAGUUAUAUGGCUUCCAACACAAUCCCAAAUAUACGUUCCUUGUCCAACCCCAUGUAUCUAAUCCCAAAUAAUGCAUGAACACAAUAUCACCGGUUCUACCACGCUCCUGCCAAUCUAGCAACACCUGACCCGAGUGCUCCCCCUGAUUAUAUUGGCCUCUGUCUUAAUUGACAGUGGCCUAACGCCCCCUACUGGUGGGAGGUCCAACAAACAAAAACAAAGAAAAUGUCCCUUAGACUCUAUAAGGCACAUUUCUUGAAAGGACGUUCUCGCAGAGUUAUAAGUAAUAAGUCACAUAUGUGCCGAAGAUGAUUUAAGUGGUGUGUUGUAUAAUACUCUAAAAGCUUCUUUAAGUUAAAAGGUUUUACCUUUUUCAUGCAUUGGAUAGCAUUGGAUUUAAGUGAAUUUAUUUAUGAUGGAGAGAGCUUGAUACCAUGUCAAACAAGUUAGUCUCCGAUCAAUUAGAACAACAAAAAUUGAAGAAAAACAACAACAUCUCGAUGGCUUGAAAAUAGUUUUUUUCUGUUUUGGUUUUGUGGCACAAUAAGACGAUCGCGAUAUGGCUGAGGUCUUGUUGUCUCAACAUGAUCAUUUAUAGAGAGUAUAGGAUAGAAUCGAGUAUUUUACCUGUUUAUAAAAGAAUAUUAUACACAUAAUGUGUAUUAGUUAACAAAUAAAUGUAAGCUAUAGUAACAUGUGAGCAGGCCCACACAAUACAUGCAGAUAGAAACAAAUCAGCUUUGUGUGUUUAAUUCGCUCAAAUCAAAGAAACAGAGCAAGCUGAGUUUGAAUAGAGGAACAUGUCAUGUGUAGAACUCUGAAAGGAAGAGAACAAUUAUAUACACACAUUUAACCAAACAAAUAUGUUAAUGUUUUGAUGGAAACAACAUAUUUUGUGAACAUCCUCACCACUAGGGGGCAGACUGCGGGAAUAGAUGCACCGCAAACCUACAGGGAGGAAAACAGACCCGGAAGUAGGAUUAAUAACAACAACCUGAGCAGCAAUUAGGACGAAACUUGACUGCAGUCAAAACAUUUUGUUUUGUUAUUUUUGUUUAUUGUAUUUGAUACAAAUUCCAUAUUAUGAGGGAACAUUUGGUGACUUGGUUUGCGUUUGUGCUGAAGCUCACCAGCUAGUUUAGUUUCUCCAGUCGGAGCAGUUAGGUUACGUGAGCUAACUUUUUAUCCGACUAGCGUGACUUCCUUUUGACCCAGUAAACUAGGGAACGGUGUCAUGGUAUGCGCAGGUACUGUGGUCACAGGGCUGCGGGUGUAGCGGGACCGUGUGUUCGCUGUCGCUGACACGUCCUGGUAGUUCGUAUGUGGCGCUGACGAAGCUCCCACUUGGCUGGCAAUGCUCCUGCAGCUGCUCCCUCCUUUCAACUAACCUAGCGGGCUCCUGUUCUCCUCCUCUCCUCCUCUCCGUCGUCUCCCGUUGCCUGAUGGCUCACUGCGGCUCCUCCGAGCCGAGUGCGGAGGCCCAAGCACCGCGGCCCGACAGCAACAAGCCGUCACAGGUCAGCGUGGACCAGAGCAGGAAGCCGGUGCUGUUCGAGAUCUUCGGUGAGAUCUGGACCGUCCAGUCACGGCUCGGCCAGGGAGUCUCGGCCUCGGUGUACCGGGUCAGCUCGGGCAGAGCCACCGCCACCGCGGCGGUCAAGGAGUUUCAGACCGACACGCAGGGAGGAGAUUACGGGUAUCACAAGGAGAGGUCCGUACUGGAGAGCAUCCAGGGACAUAAAAACAUCGUGACGCUGUACGGGGUGUUCACCAACCACAGCUGCAUGGGUGUUGCCACCCGCUGUCUUCUGUUGGAGCUCUUGGAUAUCAGCGUGUCUGAUCUGUUGGUGAGAAGCAGCAGUGGUACCCAGGGUGCCAGACCCCAGCAGGGCCACUCCAUGUGGCUUAUCCAGCACUGUGCCAGAGACCUCCUGGAGGCUCUCGCCUUCCUCCACAGGGAAGGCUACGUCCACGCCGACCUCAAGCCCCGCAACAUUCUCUGGAGUGCUGACGACGAGUGCUUCAAGCUCAUCGACUUCGGCCUCAGCUUCAAAGAGGGGAACCAGGAUGUCAAGUACAUCCAGACAGACGGGUAUCGCGCUCCAGAGGCCGAGCUGCAGAACAGCCUCGCUCAGGCCGGCGUGGAGGUGGACUCGGGCUGCACGGCCGCCGUGGACAUGUGCAGCCUGGGCAUCGUCCUGCUGGAGAUGUUCUCAGGAAUGAAACUCAAAGAGACCGUCCGCUCGCAGAAGUGGAAGGAUAACAGUGGCGCCAUUGUUGACCAUCUUUUUGCCAGUAACAGUGUGGUGUGCCCUGCUAUCCCUGUCUAUCACCUCAGAGACCUUAUCAAAAGCAUGCUUCUCAAUGACCCAAAGCAGAGAUGCUCCGCUGAAACCGCCCUGCUGAACCCAUUCUUCAGUAUUCCCUUUGCUCCUCACAUUGAGGACCUGGUUCUGCUGCCCACUCCUGUCCUGCGUUUGCUCAACCUGAUCGAUGACAGCCAUCUGCACAACGAGGAAGAGUAUGAUGACAUCCUGGAGGACAUGAAGGAGGAGUGCCAGAAGUAUGGUUCGGUGGUUUCGCUGCUCAUCCCCAAGGAGAACCCGGGGAAAGGACAGGUGUUUGUAGAGUAUGCCAACUCCAGCGACUCCAAGGAGGCUCAGAGGCUGCUGACGGGCCGCACAUUUGACGGGAAGUUUGUCGUGGCCACCUUCUACCCGCUCAGCGCCUACAAGAGGGGGUACUUGUACCAGACGCUGCAGUGAAGUCCUCAAGCUCAAUUUACACCUCUGCCCUUGUUUGCAUGAAAGAACCCGACUGUAUCGCCCACCACGGGGUCCACCUUCUUCUCCCUUUGGGGUCAAGGGUUCUGCAUGUCAUUCAUGUGGGCUUUAAACCCGUGGAUCUGUGUUUCUAGCGACGUGUAAAUAGAACUCAGCCGCCAUUUCUGCUGCCUCCUGUCUGCACUACUCCUAACAGAGCCAGAGGUCUGCGGUCUGUGCACAGCGGCUCGUGUUCUAGAUGCAUUUAACUCUCAUUCAUUUCAAGAAAUGACCACACUGAAAGAAUGAAAGAUGAAUGAAUGAACGACAAUAAUAAGGACGAGUGACAUCUGAUCUGGAUGGACAGGACGAAAGCCUUUUUAUCAAAUGAAGCCUGGAGAAAAACGUCUCUGUCGACAGAUUGUGAGAGAGACGAGUGGGAUGUGAUUAGAGACAUGUAGCAGGGGGACACUGACCCCUCUGAUUGGACUGCAACACUGAAAAGCCGCAGGAACAAUUAAAUGUUUUUGAGUACGUGCUGAAAAUGAUCAGAUUCCUUACGCUUGCGAACCGACGGCUGUCUAGAAGAAACCGGAAUCGUCCGGCAUUUCCGCGCUUUAAUUUGACUUUGCAGUCGCGGUUGGCAGUGUACAUGAAAGGAGUAGUUUUAAGCCACCGUAACUUUGGUGGCGUCAUUCUUACAAAGUGGUCUGUAGAAAAUUGGGACCCUCCCGGUGGAAGUCGGUGUAGUUCACCCUGUUGCUUUCUUCAAAUCCUCCACACAGCGACUGUAGCACGAUGCAUGUUCCCCGAAAGGCCGGACUUGGUAUCGUUUCGUACUCCAGUCAGUUGCAGCCACAUGCAGAACAGAGUAUGGUUAUAUAGUGUUACGUUGUAUUAUUACAUCAGGGCAAUGGAACCGUUUAACAGCACGACUCUGUUGCAUAGCAGCGACAGAGUCGGCGAGCUGGGUGUUUGUUGCAGUGGAGUUAAUAUCUAAUAUCUAUAUCGAGCACCCAUGAAGCCCACUGCGUCACACCGAAACCUCAGAUGGUUUAAUGCAUUCGAGCUCCCCAAGACGCUGCUGCAGCACCCGGCUGUGCUCCGCCUGCAUGUCUCUGUUCCUCGAUGCAGACGCAGACGCCUGAGGGCAUAAUUCCCAUCGGGCAGACACAUUCACCUCCGAAGUCGUCUUCACGAAGCGUUUCCACUGCAUUCUGGUCAAAGCCAGACUAUACGCGAUCUUUACUGAACACUACAAGUGACAGCGUUGUUUUUCUAAUGCCGGUAUUGGCUGCAACUAAAUACAAAUUAAAUGCUGUGCUACAUAUUAUAUAUAUUUAUUUAUUUUUCAGCACCAUUUAGGCAAAGUCGCUGUAACGGGCGCGCUAGUGGAGAAGCGCCAUGAAUUGACAAGUAAUAAUGAUUACAAAAUAUAUAUUUAUAUAAAUAUAUUAAAUUAGCACCUUAACAAACAGGGUUUACAAUGUGUUUUAACAGAUACAAGCAAAUCAAAAUGAAGACACAAGGCCAUUUAUCAAAAGAAGGCCCAAAACAAGCGAGACAAAACAAGUUCUUGCUUCUCUAAAUCGUCCGUCCUUUUGCGUUCCGGUCGUGUGUCAGAUUCAUGUUGCAGGGCACAAAUAAACAGAGCCCUGCUCUGACUGAAUAGGUCGUGUGAUUUGACUAUGUGGGAGAAACUUCCUGUUCCUAUAAAAUAUGACAUUUAAAGCUUAAUGGCAUAUAAAUCUUCCUUUUUCUGAGACCUAUUUUUUUAAUAAAUAAUGGUUUUUUUGCGUCCCCUCGAAGAAAAUAGAUUUAAACUCUCAUAUAAAAACAGAGUUCGGGCUAAAGUACGUAUUCUCAAACAUAUUUUUCUACCACCUUUUACGUGUAUGUGCCUUAAAUGUGAAUUCCAAAGUUUCCACCCGAGACUCCGAUAGUGUCGCCGGCCUAAAAAAACCAACUUGAUUCGUAACUCCAACGACUCGACUGGACGGAACCUUUCAAUCAGCGAUCCGGGGAGCGUCAGCGAGAUGGUGACAAUGCCGUGGUCAAAAUGCAUUUCCUUCCACGAUUCAGUCUUCAACAUUUGCCCUACUUUUGCUUUUUAAGUUUGUUUUUCGUGUGUGUGUGUGUGUUGCGUUCUGCCCCUAACACGUGAUAUUUUCCGUAGUUUUCUGUCGCAGGUCCGCCGUAUGUUUACUGCCUCGACGAGACUAAACCCAAGUGCGGAUUUUAAACUCUGCGGCGCGUGGAGUACUGUGAGGAGGAUCCGGGCACUUGUUUGUUGAGUUUACACUUUAAUAAUCAGAGGAGCUGCGAUGGUGAGUUUGUGUUAAACUGAUCUCAGGCCAGCCUGGUCUCUGGUUACUGAAAGCUACAAGGAGAAGCACAGCUGUUUAUGUUAUGCGACGGACUUUAUUGACAUGAAUCCACUAUUUGUAGCCACACUGCCCUCGAUAAACAAAGCACUGCAGCAGGAUCGGGUCAUAACUGGAUCAGUCGCUUCAGGUGGCGGUGCACGUGUGAGGUGUGUGUGUGUGUGUGUGUUUGUGUGUUCAUGUUAACGGUAGGUUAGUAGUUGUAUUUGGCGUUUGGGGUUUAAAUAUUUUUUGUUUAUAUGCAAAGCAGGAUUCUCCAUUGAUGAACGAAUAAGGAUUUUGAAAACUCCAUUCCUGCUCUGACUUGAGUCGACUCGGCUGCGGCUCGUAAAGCAUUCAGUCGUAUCAGAAAGAGCUUCUGCAAAUGACUUCCUUUAUUUCAUUUGAAAUAUAUAUUGUGGCGACCGCCGACCUCAAAGAUACAAUAUGAAGUGGUUUGCUGCACGCCGAUCCUGUUCGGGGGUAAAGGAAGCGCGUGUUAGUCGAGUCCUGAAGUGUGUGUGUGUGAUUUGUAUCAUUGUGGAAUUUGUCUCUUAUCUUUAGCUAAUUAUAUCACUAUGAAAGGAGUUCUUUACGUGUGUGUGUGUUUUCGUUCCAGAUGAAGUGUGUGUUAUGCAGUUGUUCUCCCUACCAAUGUGACGUUAUUGGACUGACACUGUGUGCACUUGGUUCAUGCGUACACUCUUACACUCUUACACUCGACCAUGAAGGGACGUCAACACGCUCGGGCCGGACCUGAUUUCAAGAUUUAAGUGGAGCAGCUUUGUGAAAUUAUCAGAUAUGUUUUCUACUCAUUGAGGACAAUAUGCAAGCUACGGCUCAGUUAAUCAGUUAUUUAUAUUUAUUUGUUAAACAGUAGAAUAAAUAGUUGAAAUGUGUUCAUCACAUUUACCCAGAGCCCAAAGUGACGUCUUGAAAACUGAUCUGAAACGGGGGGGGGAGGGGAACUGGAGACGUACUUUCUCCGAGUCAUAACGUAAAUCUUAAAAUGCAACACAAAUAAACGUCCCUAAAUCCACCUGGGAUGUCUCGUGUUGAAGUCUUACCUUUUCAAACACGCACUUCUCUUCGGGGCUCACCAAUGACUGACUUCGACUCCGUUUAUCGUUCAUUUCACAUCUAAGAAGACUUUUUUUUUGUCUUAGCUGCUCAGAGUGGUUUCUUUGUGCACUGACAGAUUCAGGGUCUAACUUUAAUUUCAUUGCGCCUGACCUCGAGGCCCGACUUUGGUACAAUCUCAGCACAUCUGUGCAUUUGUGUCAGUCUAGGUAACUUGGACUGUGUGCGUGUGUGUGUGUGUGUGGAGGAUGAAGUUAUAGUUACUGGAGGCAUUGUUUCUAAGUCUGUCUGAGGCCGAUAUGUAACAUUGUGUGUCAGUCUAUUUUGUUUUGUGUGUGUGUGUGUGUGUGCGCAUGUGUCUAUAGCUGAAGCGCUGUAUGCAGCCAGCUGUUUAUACCGUGAUGUCGAUAUUAUUCAUUCCUAUUAACGAAGCACACAUUAUUUAGUCUUUACAGCACAGAAUUUAAAACGAUAAAACAUAAAACGACUAUUGAGAAAACGCUUCCUUCUCCUCCACUUCCCAACUCAAGGCGUUGGCCAAUCAGAACAAUCGCUCUACAACUCGUCGUCUUUGAGCCCUUCUUCAUGUGAGAUUCUCUCAAUUUAAAGCUGCAUUCGUUGAUUUGGUUUCACAAGCCGUUAAAACUAAAAUAUACUCAAAGCGCUGUAGGAGUGAGACAUGCAGAGUUGGGUAAUAAUUCUCUCAUUAGUACAGCUUUAAAUGUCGUUGAAUAACUUGGAAACAAUGUUUUGAACCCACAUCUGACUGAAUUGCUUUUAGCUAACAGAAACCAAAAUGAUUUGAAGAGGAGGGAGACGAUCGUCACGACAGUUGUUGCCUUUUUUUCUUUUUUUUUGAGGAUUUCCUUUUCUUUGUACCAGUUUGGUUGAGAGGCCGUUGGUCAGUGGUCCAUUUGAAGAAGUAUGAUGAUUUAAUUUGGCCAAAUACAUUCUCAUGAUUCUCCUCAAUAAAGCCUUAAAAUAUACGUUCAUGUUCAUUUCCGGUCCCACAAGUCAAAGGGAACCGAAAGCAAAGCGAUAACGCUCAAAGAACGCACAACGUGAGACGGUAAUCAAACUGUGUGCGGUCGUCCACGCUUCACUGCCUUCCAGUCAUGGCUCUCGUGCCGUUAUGAAUCUAUAUCUCAUAAUAAAAAAAUGGUGAUUGACUUGAA